GAGAGCAGCAGUAAUUGCUAAUAAAUGGGCCCCAGAUGGAAGACGUAUGAAUAAAUCACCACAAGAAAUAUUCAAAAUAGUGCAUUCAGCUCGAAGCCUGUUAUUCUGCCUCCGAUGCCCCCUCGGAGGUUCUUCCCUUUUGACUCUCUGGUUGUGGAAUUCCCUUUUGGCUCUAUCAGUUCCCUGCUAGACUUUGUAAGAGAUGAUGAAAUCAUUUUCGUCAUGUACUACGCUCCCUGGUGCACCAGGUCAAUGGCUGUCAGAUGGGAGUUCCAUAAAGCAGCCAGUUUCAUGAAAGACCAGGUCAAGUUUGUGGCUGUUAAUUGUUGGUGGAAUGAAGGAGAAUGUCAUCGAAAGUAUAAAUUCAUAUCCCAUCCAAUGCUGUAUGUUUAUCACACCAACUUGGAUGGGUUUCAGUACACAGGUAUCCCUACAGCUGAUUAUUUUGUACAUUUCCUUGAAAACCUUAUUUAUCCAAUUACUCAUCUCUUUGAUGAAAAGGGGAUCAAGAAGUUUGUUUCUUUACAUGAUAAUGCCGUAAUUGGUUAUUUUGAUUUUAAUUCCUCCCCUCAACCACCAGGAUAUCAACAGUUUUAUUACGCUUCAAUGAGGGCAAUUGAACGAAGUCCUGUUCAAAUACUCAAGUUUGGAGUUCUAACUUCUCCUUAUCACACCGAUAUAUUAAAUAUGCCACCCAAAAGUAGUUCGGCAGUUUUGGUUAAACAUGGCAGUAUCAUAUUGAAUUAUCCAGAGUUGGAUAAUUUUACCAGUUCAGAAUUGGUGAAAUGGGCUUUCCAAGAGCAACAACAACCUCUUGUCCAAAUAUUGAAUCCCUCAGGAACAAAGAGUCUUCAGCUGUCUAGUGAAAUAGCAAAGGGUCCCACCUUAAUUAUGUUCUCUAACCAUUAUCCUUUAUUUCAUGUAAAUCACAAUUACCACAUGUUGCGAGAAAUUGCAUUAGAAUAUGCUAAAUGUGAAAUGGAUGAAAUCAGUAAUGAAAACCUGUUGUACAGUUUAACUCACCGUCUUUCUUCUAUGAAGAAACUGCAAGAACUUACAAAGUGUAGCAAAGAGCAACAGCGGGAAGGUUUCCCUAGCCAUGCUAAACAAGCAGAUCCUCAUCGUGUUGUUUCACAAAAAGCAGAGCAGCAUCUUCCUAAAAGUCUCCCAUUUACCUAUCUUGCCAGCAGCAAGUAUUUCCCUGCAUCUUCAUCUUUGCUCGUCUGCCAGUGCUGUGUGAGUGUGUUACAGAAACAUUUAUUGGAGGGACACCUUUAUCGCAAUGUGUGCGAAGUCUGCUACAACAGUGUGAAGUCGGCCAGAAGUUGUCACGUACCGUGCAACUGUCCCAAGGGAUCAACUUACAAAUUCAAUGAAGACCGUAUUUACAGUACUUUACAAAACAAGUGCCUUCAAUUUUCUCCAGAUUACAUUCCCACUCAGUACAAAUCGGUCUGCUGUCAUAAAAUGCAUAAACUCACAACCAAUUCUACCAAACCUUUUUCUUCCUCUUCAUUCUCUUUUCCUGUUCCUCCAAGUCCUUCCUCUUCCUCCGAUUCUUCUAACGUUUCUUAUUCCAAAACAGCUAACAAGACUCCCUCCUCUAAAGAUCCUUCUAACAGUUCUGUAGAUAACACACUACAAGAUCCUUUCAUCAUACAAGUCUUAAAGAAUCGGACGCAACAAUUAUGUGAUCAUUAUAAUUUACAAUUUGUACAGGGUGUUCCUAUUGACACCAAUUUUAAUGUUUUGUCAUUAACUCUUGUUAAGAAUUUUUCUGGUUUGUCAUGCCGAACCAACAAGACUGUCCAUUUCUAUGCUAUGGAUCUUACAAACCAUUGGAUGUUUGCUGAUCGGUUUGGUCUGAAUAGCACAAAACUACUAGAAACUGACCAACCAGCAGUUGUGAUGGUGGACUUGGCGGAUGAAAAAAAUUAUGUCCUUAAGAAGCCGUUCUCUAAAACCUCAGUUGCUGAGUUUGUUCUGAAUUAUACUGAAGGUCAUUUAGAAAGGGAGAUGUUGACAGCCCCUGUUGAUCGUGCCGGUAGUUUAAAUUGCAGUUUGAACCCGGAAGACUGUGAUCACCAGCCUCCGCCUGAUCCCUCAGCUGACAGUGAACCCAAAUAUCUGUAUAUCACAGAAGUAACAGCACACACAUUUCACAAAAUUGUUCUAAACACUUCAAAGGAUGUCCUGCUACUUUAUUAUGCCCCCUGGUGUGGAUUUUGUGCUAGCUUUGCCCACAUCUACCUGUCGUUAGCUAAAUACUUCCGAGCAGCUACAAGUCUCCUAUUUGCCAGGAUCAAUGGUGAUACGGAAGACUUACCAUGGGAGUACACUGCGGAUACAUACCCUACGUUGCUCUUCUUCCCUUCUGGCCGGAAAGAAGACAGUGUUGUGUACUCGGAGGAUUUGCCGAAGACCCUGACGAAUCUGAUUCGCUUUGUCCUUCAUCACGCCACGCACACGGUGAGUUUGUGGACAGACAGUUCUCAGCAGUGCACGGCUCACUGUAUCAAGACUAACCGACAGAAUGCCUUAAUUCGAAUAACCAUUCUCAGCAGGGAGAUCAAACGACUCGAGCUGCGACUGACUCACCUGGAGAAUUCAGUUGUGAAGAGGAAACUCCUUGAAAGCGCUGGUAAACAGCUGCCAGCGUCAGUGCAAAUCAUAGGAGCAAUGGUGACGAGAGCUCACUGGCAGAAACUAGUGGAACGGAAGAAACGCCAGAGAUCAGUGUGUAAGAAAUUGGUCAGAUUCUUGAAAAGAAAGGAUUCUUUCUUGAACAAAGAAGACUUAGUUAAGUUCAUGAAAACUAAUAAUUUGCUGCUAAAUCAUUUCCCGAGUCUUUGAUAUUCGGUCAUUCAAAAAAAAAAACAAAAAAAAAAACAAAAAAAAACGAAAAAAGAAGAAAUACAAACAUUAUGAACUGCAACACC